AUGGCUUCCCUUGUUCCCUGUACGGCCACGGCCACAUCGUUUCUCUAUGCUGAGCAGAACUCGGUGGUCUGUUGCUGCCGGAAAACCCUGGCCUUUGAGAGGCUGUUUGGUCGCCACAGCGACACUGUGACUCUUCUCGUUUCAAACCCUACGAGAAACUUUGUUGUCAGCUGUGACAGAGAGGCAGCUAUUGUUUGGAAUCCCGAGUCUGGGGAAGAGAAAAAUCGAUUCCCGUUACCAGAGCGCAUUACUGCUACAGCUUGGAUGAAGAACGGCAAUGUCAUUCUGGGGAGCUACCUUGGGAAAAUUUUCCUUUUUAACCCGGAUACGGGUAGUUCCGACUUCAAGCUCACCCUGGACAACGAAAUCACGGCCAUUGCCCCUGCAUUCGUCUUGGGUAGUUGGAUCUUUGCUGUCGGCUUGAGAACGCCACUCUCCUCUGUGCUAAAGACGGCCGUUGAAGACACGGUCGUGGCAAGCCAGCUCAGCAGCCAUCUGGAAUGGCUCCUGUCUGCGGCCUCGCGCUUCUCAGACGACACGCCGCCUGCCCGUGCCAGGGGACUUGUUCUUGCCGACUCUGAAGCUUAUCUUGAACACGUCUAA